AUGUCGGUUAUUAGACAAUAUAAAGGAAUUGUUAUGACGAUGCGUUUGAUACGUUACAGCGGCAGAGAUGUACUUCGAAGACAGUCUCGAAUAAUGAAUAUUUAUAAAAGUGAAAGUUCUUUACCUCCGGGUGAUCUGAGUGAAAUGUUCACUGUCCCAAGAGCACAGACCAACACGUCAUCAAUGUUUAAGAAUCCACAAAGUAGUCAAUUUGAUCGCGGUCUUUAUCUUACAUUUGUAAGAAUUAUAAUUCAAAUUUUUUGCUUUAUUUUCAUUUUUGUUCUUGUCAUCAUUACUAUUAUUAUCACUGUGAUUGUUGUAUUUCUUUAUUAUUAA